GGCGAGGGAGGAAGAGGGUGGGACAAGGAGUGAGUGAUGCACACUGAUAGCAAAGGUUAAGUAGUUUCAGGAAGAAAAGAUCAAGACGAGCUGGGAACUGUUAGGGGUCCGUAGAAUUUGAGCUUUUCAACAUGAGCAAAGCAGAAAAUCAAGGGUACAGCGGUGCCACAGGUUCUUAUGAAAGGAGGAUUGUUCUGGUCGGGAAAACUGGUGUGGGAAAGAGUGCAGCAGGAAACACCAUCCUGGGGAGAGAAGCGUUUGAGUCUGAAAUGUCUCCCGUUUCUAUGACAGCCGAAUGCCAAAAGGCCAGGGGCGAAGUUGGAGGUCGCCAGGUUGCUGUCAUUGACACUCCGGGACUGUUUGACACCAACUACACUCAAGAGGAAGUGCUAAAGAAGAUCAAGCUUUGCAUCUCGCUGUCGGCUCCAGGUCCUCAUGUCUUUCUGGUGGUUCUUCAGCUGGGCAGGUUCACCAAGGAGGAGAAGGAGACCGUCCAGAUGAUUCAGACCACUUUUGGCGAGGAUGCAGAUAAAUACACCAUGGUGUUGUUCACUCAUGGAGACCAGCUGAUGAAGCAAACCAUCGAGGGCUAUAUUUCAGAGAGUAGCGACCUGAAAGCAAUCAUUCAAAAGUGCAAUGGGCGAUACCAUGUGUUUAACAAUGAAAUCAAAGACCAUGAACAAACGUGGCAGCUGAUGGAUAAAAUUGACAUGAUAACUAGAGCUAAUGGUGGAAGCUGCUACACCAAUGAAAUGUUCACGAAAGCAGAGGAGGCCAUAGAGAAGGAGAAGCAGCGACUGCUGAAGGAGAUGGAAAUGCAGAAGCAGAAAGAGCUGGAUCAGCUAAGAGCCAAAUAUUCAGACGAGGUCUUCCACAGGGAGGCGCGACGUGUGGACAUGAGGUACCAGCAUGAGGCCAGGGCUCGAGCUGAAAGAUCCAACGACUUUGUCGCUGCCCAGGUAGUGGCGGUAGCAACGGCCUGCGGAGCUGCUGUUGGAUGUCUGCUGGGAGUGAUAGGAGGCCCCAUCGGCGUGGUAGUUGGAGCAGCAGCCGGAGCAGCCGUCGGGGCUGGGAUUGGUGUUAUAUCAAUCAAAGUGUCGCAGCAAUGUCACGUACAGUGAGGACAAUACAACCAAAUGAUUUCUGCGAGACUUUUUUAUAAUCUGUGCAAAGUGAGUGUGUACCUGAUGGAGGUGGAGCUUGGAUGAAUCUUGUUUAUCAGUGUCUGGGAUGUACAGUAUAAUCCAGUUAAAAGCACCAAUGUUAAGUAAUAAAUUCUUCAGCACCAAUAAUUGUAUGUUGUUGCAUUUAAAAAUAUAUAAUAAAGUAUAUACUGUA